UCUCGUGAAAAUAUGGCGCCGACUUCUGUAAAACCUUGUUAUUUACCAACAGUAUCAUCAACAUCGCUCGCAGGAUCAUACAUGAACCUCCCCAAAUACGUUCCAUACUCUGUCCACGACUUAGAUCAUGUUGCUGAGGAUCCAGAGAAGGAGAACCACACCAUAGAUUACACAGAAGAGGAAGCAUGCUCCUCUGGUCACAGGAGGAUAAGUUUCCAAGAGGACCCUCAGGAAAUCGAGGACCAAGCGAUGAUGGCUGAUGAUGAGUCGGAGAAGUCUGUUGAUGAAGUGGUGUAUGAGCAUCAUUAUGAGACGGAAAGUGAGGGGAAAGUUGAGGUGGAAGAUGAAGAUGAAGAAGCUGAGACUAUGAUUAAGGUAGAGACUGAAUCUGAGUCGAAAGUAGAGCUUAAAGGUGAAGAUGAAGCUGAAACUAUGAUUGAGGUUGAGACUGAAUCUGAGUUGAAAUUUGAGGUUGAAGGUGAGAAUGAAUCUGAAGACGAUAACUGAGUGCGAAGGCAAUUGGUGUCCAUAUUUGCGGCUAGCGCAAAAAUGU